CCAGGACCAGAUCUUGCAAUAUGGCACCAUCCAGAGGCUUCCAGUUUUAGCGUUGAUGAGGACGAGCAGGAGGUAGAACUAAAAGCCUUGGAUUUGGAAAGUGAAAAAAAUAGCCACCUUUUCCUGAACCGAUUGGUUGAGAGCUGGCCUUUUCUCAAGCUGGUUUCUGGUGUAACACUGGAAUCGGGCACCGACUCAAUUGACCCAAUUUAG